CUGCCUUCGCACCAUGCUUUACAAAGCAACUCUGGUCACUGUGACCCUGUCCCUCCUUGUCGUCGCAAGCCCCGUCGAACACGGUCCUGGCGUCAAGAUUGCACUAGGGGAGCGCAGCACUUUCUCUCGUGCUGACGACACUUUCGACCACGAGAAGGCGAUCCUGGACAACAUCAAGACCCAAAUCAAAUACCAGAGGAACCUCCGGAACCUGCUGGCGAAUACGGGCAGCCUUCCCGAGGGCUGGGAGAUUAAGGACUUCCUCACGAUUCCUCCCUCCUCAGAGAAGCGUGCCGUUGGCACUGAAGCGCUCGCUGACUACCGGGACGUCGAGUGGAUGGGCCCUAUCACCAUCGGUACUCCCAAUCAGCUCUUCAGCAUUGAUUUCGACACCGGCUCGUCCGAUCUGUGGGUCCCCAGCUCGUCCUGCACGAGCUCUACCUGUGUCAACAAGAAGAAGUACGAUGCAUCAAAAUCGUCCACCUCUUCCCAGAAGAAUGGUACCUUCACAAUCGGGUACGGUGACAAUUCGACUGUCUCUGGUCCCAUCUACACCGACACAGUGACUGUCGCUGGGCUCACCGCCACCGACCAGUACUUCUCUCCGGUCACGACGCUCUCGAGCUCCUUCGCGUCCGAUCCGAUCGACGGUAUCCUGGGUCUUGCUUACCCUUCUCUCUCUCACUUUCGCGGGCAGACCCCGUUCUUCAACACUCUGAUCAGCCAGAAGAAGGUCACCGCGGGCGAAUUCGGCUUCACGCUAGGUUCAGUCGGUUCUGUGCUUUACCUCGGCGGCACCGACACGUCCAAGUAUACUGGCUCGAUUGAGUACCAUGGCGUCAACACAUCGACAGGAUUUUGGCAGGCGAGCGGCGCAAAGUGCGCUGUCGGCUCCACGACCACGAGCAGCGGCUUCAACACGAUCAUCGACUCGGGCACGACGCUCAUGUACGCCCCGCCGAACGCAGUCAGCGCCUUCUACGCGGCCAUCCCGGGCAGCCACCUCUACGACUCUGAACGCGGGUACUAUUCGUACCCCUGCAACUCACCUCCGGACGUCGGCUUCAACUGGGGUGGCAAGACCUGGAACAUCACUCACGCCAACUUCAACCAUGGCCAGACCGCUUCAGGCAGUGGUCAGUGCAUCGGCGCGCUCGUCGUCGCAAGCAAGAACCUCGGUCUUGGGAACAACACCUGGCUGCUCGGCGACAGCUUCAUGAAGAACAUCUACACCACGUUCUCGUUCGACAAGAACUCCGUCGGCUUUGCCACCCUCAAGGUCUAGGCGCCAAGUGCACUGGAAUGUGCAGCAGUUGCGUGCUGGAGCCCCACUGAAACUGAGGAUUCGGUUCUUGUAGGACAAUAGUAGUACUGAUUCGUGUUCCUGGACUUGCUCUGUCUGUUUGUACUUUGUACAGAUCUUUUGCUGUGUACAGGAUGCCUUGAAAUC